AUGGACUACCACUAUCCGAAUGUGUGGGCACUGUAUGCGAAGCGUUGGACUCCCAAGGAUGGCCUGGAUGCGGCGAAGGACAUGAUCACCGAGCUUCAGGUCGCGCUAGCAGCGAAGGAGGAGGAGGCCGCCAAGAAUGCAGCAGAGCUGGAGGAGCAGAGGGCCGAGGCGGAGAAGCUUGCUGCGGAGCUGGUGGAGCAGAGGGCCGAGGCGGAGAAGCUUGCGGCGGAGCUGGUGGAGCAGAGGGCUGAGGCGGAGAAGCUUGCUGCGGAGCUGGUGGAGCAGAGGGCCGAGGCGGAGAAGCUUGCUGCGGAGCUGGUGGAGCAGAGGGCCGAGGCGGAGAAGCUUGCUGCGGAGCUGGAGGAGAAGAGGGCCGAGGCGGAGAAGCUUGCGGCGGAGCUGGAGGAGCAGAGGGCUGAGGCGGAGAAGCUUGCUGCGGAGCUGGAGGAGCAGAGGGCCGAGGCGGAGAAGCUUGCGGCGGAGCUGGAGGAGCAGAGGGCCGAGGCGGAGAAGCUUGCUGCGGAGCUGGUUGAGCAGAGGGCCGAGGCGGAGAAGCUUGCGGCGGAGGUGGCGGCCUUCCGCGCGAAGCGCAACGCUGCGCUGGAGGCCCGCGACGCGGACGGCACGCUGCCCGUGCUGGAGAAGGCUGUGGCCGCGGACGAGGCGGCUGCGCAGGCGCUGGACCCGCGGCAGAUCGCCGACGGGCCGCUGUACGCUGUGACGCUGGAGGAGUACCGCGACAGGGAUGCGGCCGUGGGGCAGCUUGCUGCGGAGCUGGAGGAGCAGAGGGCCGAGGCGGAGAAGCUUGCUGCGGAGCUGGUGGAGCAGAGGGCCGAGGCGGAGAAGCUUGCGGCGGAGCUGGAGGAGAAGAGGGCCGAGGCGGAGAAGCUUGCUGCGGAGGUGGUGGAGAAGAGGGCCGAGGCGGAGAAGCUUGCGGCGGAGCUGGAGGAGCAGAGGGCCGAGGCGGAGAAGCUUGCGGCGGAGCUGGUGGAGCAGAGGGCCGAGGCGGAGAAGCUUGCUGCGGAGGUGGUGGAGCAGAGGGCCGAGGCGGAGAAGCUUGCGGCGGAGGUGGCGGCCUUCCGCGCGAAGCGCAAUGCUGCGCUGGAGGCCCGCGACGCGGACGGCACGCUGCCCGUGCUGGAGAAGGCUGUGGCCGCGGACGAGGCGGCUGCGCAGGCGCUGGACCCGCGGCAGAUCGCCGACGGGCCGCUGUACGCUGUGACGUUGGAGGAACUGUUGCAGGCACGAGAGGAGGCGGCACGCAAUGUAGAGGCGAUGGAUGACAAUGCUGCUGCCUUGGAGUCAGAACUGCUGGAUGUGUUGAUGCAGUUGAAGGUGAUGAAAGGCGAAAACGCUGCUCUGGAGGAUCUCUGCAAGGAAAAGGAUGCUGCGGUAGCUGACCUUGAGAAGCACGACGUGCGUGCGAACAACAGCGACAAGGCGAAGCCACAGACUACUUCGCGCCACAGCAAGGUGUUUGAGGGCGAGGAAUGGGGCACUGUUAUGGCCACUAAGCCCCAUGCGCUUCACGAGGCAUUUGUGUCCGAUGUGUGCGCCGCGUGCCGCGUGGGGCGCGAUGAUCUCUCCGAGGUGACGUUUGCACUUGGGAGUCUGAUGGCCGGCGUGAGUGUGACGCAUAAUAGCGACAUCAGCUGCGACGACAUUGCAAAGCUUGUGAUGGACUACCACUAUCCGAAUGUGUGGGCACUGUAUGCGAAGCGUUGGACUCCCAAGGAUGGCCUGGAUGCGGCGAAGGACAUGAUCACCGAGCUUCAGGUCGCGCUAGCAGCGAAGGAGGAGGAGGCCGCCAAGAAUGCAGCAGAGCUGGAGGAGCAGAGGGCCGAGGCGGAGAAGCUUGCGGCGGAGGUGGUGGAGCAGAGGGCCGAGGCGGAGAAGCUUGCUGCGGAGGUGGAGGAGCAGAGGGCCGAGGCGGAGAAGCUUGCGGCGGAGCUGGAGGAGCAGAGGGCCGAGGCGGAGAAGCUUGCUGCGGAGCUGGUGGAGCAGAGGGCCGAGGCGGAGAAGCUUGCGGCGGAGGUGGCGGCCUUCCGCGCGAAGCGCAACGCUGCGCUGGAGGCCCGCGACGCGGACGGCACGCUGCCCGUGCUGGAGAAGGCUGUGGCCGCGGACGAGGCGGCUGCGCAGGCGCUGGACCCGCGGCAGAUCGCCGACGGGCCGCUGUACGCUGUGACGCUGGAGGAGUACCGCGACAGGGAUGCGGCCGUGGGGCAGCUUGCUGCGGAGCUGGAGGAGCAGAGGGCUGAGGCGGAGAAGCUUGCGGCGGAGCUGGUGGAGCAGAGGGCCGAGGCGGAGAAGCUUGCUGCGGAGCUGGAGGAGCAGAGGGCCGAGGCGGAGAAGCUUGCUGCGGAGCUGGUGGAGCAGAGGGCCGAGGCGGAGAAGCUUGCGGCGGAGCUGGAGGAGAAGAGGGCCGAGGCGGAGAAGCUUGCUGCGGAGCUGGUGGAGCAGAGGGCCGAGGCGGAGAAGCUUGCGGCGGAGCUGGAGGAGCAGAGGGCCGAGGCGGAGAAGCUUGCUGCGGAGCUGGUGGAGCAGAGGGCCGAGGCGGAGAAGCUUGCUGCGGAGCUGGUGGAGCAGAGGGCCGAGGCGGAGAAGCUUGCGGCGGAGGUGGCGGCCUUCCGCGCGAAGCGCGAUGCUGCGCUGGAGGCCCUCGACGCGGACGGCACGCUGCCCGUGCUGGAGAAGGCUGUGGCCGCGGACGAGGCGGCUGCGCAGGCGCUGGACCCGCGGCAGAUCGCCGACGGGCCGCUGUACGCUGUGACGCUGGAGGAGUACCGCGACAGGGAUGCGGCCGUGGGGCAGCUUGCUGCGGAGCUGGAGGAGCAGAGGGCCGAGGCGGAGAAGCUUGCUGCGGAGCUGGUGGAGCAGAGGGCCGAGGCGGAGAAGCUUGCGGCGGAGCUGGAGGAGAAGAGGGCCGAGGCGGAGAAGCUUGCUGCGGAGCUGGUGGAGCAGAGGGCCGAGGCGGAGAAGCUUGCGGCGGAGCUGGAGGAGCAGAGGGCCGAGGCGGAGAAGCUUGCGGCGGAGCUGGUGGAGCAGAGGGCCGAGGCGGAGAAGCUUGCUGCGGAGGUGGCGGCCUUCCGCGCGAAGCGCAAUGUUGCGCUGGAGGCCCGCGACGCGGACGGCACGCUGCCCGUGCUGGAGAAGGCUGUGGCCGCGGACGAGGCGGCUGCGCAGGCGCUGGACCCGCGGCAUAUCGCCGACGGGCCGCUGUACGCUGUGACGCUGGAGGAGUACCGCGACAGGGAUGCGGCCGUGGGGCAGCUUGCUGCGGAGCUGGAGGAGCAGAGGGCUGAGGCGGAGAAGCUUGCGGCGGAGCUGGAGGAGCAGAGGGCUGAGGCGGGGAAGCUUGCGGCGGAGGUGGCGGCCUUCCGCGCGAAGCGCAAUGCUGCGCUGGAGGCCCGCGACGCGGACGGCACGCUGCCCGUGCUGGAGAAGGCUGUGGCCGCGGACGAGGCGGCUGCGCAGGCGCUGGACCCGCGGCAGAUCGCCGACGGGCCGCUGUACGCUGUGACGUUGGAGGAACUGUUGCAGGCACGAGAGGAGGCGGCACGCAAUGUAGAGGCGAUGGAUGACAAUGCUGCUGCCUUGGAGUCAGAACUGCUGGAUGUGUUGAUGCAGUUGAAGGUGAUGAAAGGCGAAAACGCUGCUCUGGAGGAUCUCUGCAAGGAAAAGGAUGCUGCGGUAGCUGACCUUGAGAAGCACGACGUGCGUGCGAAAAAGGGCGACAAGGCGAGCCGCGUUAAGGUCAGAUGCACUACACACCGAGGUUGCUCAGCUCCGCCAUAUUGUCGCAAAGCUUAA